UUCUGGUGUGUUGUUUUAUGAUAUUUGCUAUUCGUUUGUAAAAAUGCCAGCCAUUUCUGUUCGAUGGGAUUCGCUACGCUUUGGCGUUGCCGUUGUUCUGGUUUAGCCUUUUCUAAGAGCAAUCUUUUGAAAAUGAUCCUUCGGUUUUCCUAAUGAUCUCAUUAUAGCUGUUGAUUUUUGUAUUUUCAGGUUACUGUCAUAUUCUUGCCUACUGAACUACUAGUAUACGACUAAGUGAGGAUGGCAUCACAUCAGCCAACAAAGCCUUCUGACCCGAGUGAUGGCUUUAAAUGUCCCCAGUGUGGAAAGUGUUUUCAGAAAAGAACAGUAUUUAAGUAUCACCAAGACAUGCACAUUCUUGAAAAUACAUUUUCUGGAUCAGAACCAAAACAAAAGACACCUUUCCAAUCUGGUUCAAACAACCCAGUCACUGUAUGUCCAUCAAAGAGCUAUGAACUGUCUCAUUCGAAGUAUGAUAAAGAUCUGGACAUUCUACAGAGCAUAUUUUCAUCUGAGACACCAACGUAUGUGAAAGAGAGUGCUCCCCAAAUAGAUUCCCCGCCUGCUAUACAAUGUAAAGUCUGUAAACUUCCAUUUAGUAAUGAACAGGAUCUGCUGAACCACAGCUACAUCGAUUGUAUUCGUGUUUCAAGUGGUAACAAAGUCAGCAAACUUCCCGAGCGUACAAGAGCUAAGAUGGGCGUGAAUAUUGAGCCAUUGAAUGAGCCUCAAGGUCAUGGAGAUAAAAGAUCAAGGUCAAGAUCACCUGAAAGGGACUUGAAAAGACUUAAGGUGCCCCCUGUUAGUGAUUCUGUCACUGCGGUUCUUAAAUCAUUCACGUACAAAUGUAACAACUGUAGUGGGGAAUUCACCAACUUUAAACGCUUAAAGAUGCAUCAAAUCGAUGGAUGCAAUAAGCCAAUUGAUGUAAUAGAUGAUGGAGGUAAUGAGAAAAAUGAUACACCAGAACCAGUUAAAGAUUCACUUCCAGUGAUGGGGUCAAAAUCUUAUCUUCAAAAUAAGAUUUGUGCUGGAUGUGCGCUUACAUUUGAGACAAUAGGUGAUUUGGAAGAUCAUUUACGCGGUUCAAAACAACCCGAAUGUUGGUCAAAAUCUUUCCCCGAUAAGGUCAUGACAGCAAAUAAAAACUUCCCAUGUGGUGACUGCUUCGAGAGAUUUACAAAACUAGAUGAUCUUUUUGAGCAUGAUAACAACUGCACUGGAUAUACCUGUUUCAAGUGUUCUAUAAGGUUUGAUAGUGCAGUUGCAUUAAGUGAGCAUGCAAUUUCCCAUGGUAUGUGGAAAUGUAGACAUUGCCCAAAGUCUUACCCUAAGAAAAAGCAGAUGAUGAUGCAUAUUAAACUGGAACAUCCAGAGCAACUCGGUAUAAAAAUAAAUCCUGGAGAUGAAAAGAUCGUGAAAUGCAGGUUGUGUCGUCAAAUAUUUCAGAAACCCGAGAGUUUGGAAAUUCAUAUGAAAGAACAUAAAGAGGUUCCAACAUUGCCGUGUGAAGAGUGUGACAGAAUUUUUACUUUCAAAUGGGAGCUGAAAUCGCAUCUUAAAGAAACACAUGGAAUGACAUUAGCAGAGCAUGAAUGUAUAAGUUGUGGCGCAAAAUUUCCAAAAUUGAGAGGUCUUAGACAUCACUACAGAGUUGACUGCAAAGGAGAGAAAAAAGUUUGCUUCCGUUGCAAUAUGACAUUCGAGGAUCAUAAUCUGUUUAAAGAGCACAUGGAAGAACAUAAAGAACAGUGGAGGGCUAGAUUUAAACAUGUACAAUUUAAAUGUAAACGUUGUCAUAAAGUGUUUGGUGAUCAUAAAACAUUGCAAUAUCAUAUUUACAGUUGUACUGGUGUUCCAUCAAGGUUACCGGGAAAUGUUCAAUCAAAGUUACCAGAAAAUGUUCCAUCAACAUUUUCAAAAACCCAAAAAUCUAAUGGAGGAAAUUCAUGCCCAGCAUGUAAAACAGAUUUUGAAGAUCUAUUUAAUUUUCAAAUGCACAUUUAUUCUGGAAGGUGCUCAAGUAGUGCAGAAACAUCAGACACAAGAUCAGAAGUUGUCAUGGCACAAAGAGGGAACCAUUCUGUGCCAGAAAAUGCAGACUCUGAGUCAGUUUGGAAAUCAGGAGAACAAAAUCAGUUUAUUUCUGCACAAGAUAAUCCGGGAAUAUCAGACACAAGAUCAUUAACACAUAAAGAGUAUGGUUCUGUACAAAAGAGAAUGGAAAAUCCAAACUGGAAUUCAGGACAGCAAAAUGAGUAUGCUUUUACGUCAGAUAGUGCUGAGAUAUAUUCACAGAUUGGAACUCAAAAUAAGUAUGGUUCAGUGCAAGAUAAUCUGGGAAUAUCAGUCACAAGAUCAUUAACACAUCAAGAGUAUGGUUCUAUACAUAAUAGUUCGGGAAAUCCAGACUGGAGUUCAGGACAGCAAAAUGAACAUGAUUCUGUACAAGAUAAUUCAAGAAUUCCAAACCCAAGAAUAGAAACACAACAAAAACAUGUUCCCUUGACAAAUAACUCUGAAAAAUCUCCAUUAGAAGAAACACCAAGUUCUGUGGUUGAUUCGUCCAAAUUGGUUGGCACAAUGGUAUGUAAGCAUUGUAAUAAACAUUUCUUUUCUAAAAAGAAAUUCAACUCGCAUGUUAGAUAUUCAUUCUGUGACCUCAGCGAAGAUCAGAUUUACAAGUGCAUAUUGUGUAACCAACGAUUUCGAACAGAUAAACAGUUAUUUACGCACAUGAAAAAAUGUCCUCGUCAGGAUGCAAACGUGGACCUCGAAGCCUUGAAAAAGAAGGAGGAAAAAAGGCUUGUAAAAAAGGCCAGAAAACAACAAAAGAUAGAACAGGCAGCAGAAGAAAAUCGGAUAUGUCCUUACUGUGGGAGAGUAUCCCACAGUCAGAUGGCUCUUGAAGAACAUAAGAGAAGGCACAUAGAAGAGCCCACCAUUAAGUGCAUAACAUGUGACAAGUUAUUCUACACACAGCAAGCGUUAGAGAACCAUGAACUUUGGCACAUCAACCCUUUUAACCCAAAAGCCAGAAAACCUCAUGCGAGGUCACUCAAGAAAUGAAAUGUAACAUUAACCAUUUUUAUUCAAAAGGCAAAACUGAUGUUGUGGCAACUAAAGAAGUGAAUGUUUAACAACUCAUUUUACCCAAUAAAUGCCAAAAUCCGAAGUCUUGGAAGAAUUGAAAUGUUCCAAGUUUGAAUUGGGACUGUUACACAACAAAUAAUUCAUGAGUAUACAGUGUCACUCCCGGGGGUUUCACUCCAAUAUACUUCUUAAUACCUAUGUGCCGCCCCAGAGACCCCCUUUUUAAGCAUUUUUUCCAUUUCAAUUUCCUCUCAAUAUUGAAGGUUUCCAUGUUUAAUUCCUCUGAGACUAAUAAAUGACUAAUUUUGACUUAAAAAGGGUGUUUUCUUAGACAAUUUUCCAUGUUUUUUUCCUCUCAGAUUGGCCAAUUUCCAUGUUUUAUGCUCAAAGCCAAAAUUGACCGUGCUGUACAUACCUACCCAAAUUAUUUGGAGUGAACCCCAGGGUGUCGCUAUUCAACAAUACAUGCAGCUUGUUAGGUGAUGAUUAGAUGUUAGUUAAUUUGUGUAUGGUAUUAUUCUUUAAUUUUGAAAUUAUAUGGAAAUUAAUUUAAUGUGUGUCACCCAUUCAUGUGUUUAUGUAGAAAUACACCACUCAAUGUAUACAGAAUACCAGAUCAUUUUGAGUGAUAUCAUUUUUAUCACUAGAAAUGGUCUGAUAUUGGGUUUAUCACAUGAUUUCUAUGAAAAAUUCAAAAAAAUUCAAAUUCAUGUAUCACAUGGAUAUGGAUG